AAGCCCCAUCCACACCCGUUAUCCGGGUUUCCCAAAUAAUAAAGUCAGCGUAGAAUGAAAUUCUGGCAGGAAAGAAGUGUGGCUUGUUUGAAGGAGUUUUGGAGGCCAGUGGAACCCCACCGGAAUCCCACCGUCUUGGUCUAGUCCCGUCGUUUCUUUCUCUUUUCGUUCAUCACUAUGCCUGUGCCAACCACUCAGUUUUCCUAUCGAUCUGCAAAAGAAUUGACCGUUUGGAGCGGUUAUCCCGAAUAUCAACCCAUCAAGGGAUUCGAAAAACCCGAGACCACCACAAAAACCUUCAAAUACAGCAAAUAUGGUCACGUCUAUGCCUAUGCCACCAACGAAGGUGUCAAGGUCUAUGAUGCCGAGUCCUUGGUACAACGUUGUGACAUUAAACGAGCCAAUGUUGUGGAUCUUUGGCUUUCCCCUCAAGGCAACUACAUGGCCACUUGGGAACGACCCACCAAACUCGAAGAUGGCUCGGGAAGUCGUAACUUGAUGAUUUGGGAUACCAACACAGGAGCGGAGAUCGCGUCCUUCUCACAGAAAUCACAGAACAGCUGGAAUUUCCAAUGGACAGAUGAUGAAAAAUAUUGUGCCCGCAUGGUCACUGGUGAAGUCCAGUUCUGGGAAAGCAAAAAUGCUGGCAAAGCCGUUUGGGCUCGAUUAAAGCUUGACGGUGUGGCGGAAUUCUCCCUAAGUCCCGGCAAAGCACCAGCCGUGGCCGUGUUUAUCCCUGAACGCAAGGGAGCCCCGGCCAUUGUUCGUAUGUACAGUAUUCCCAGCUUCAAUCAACCCGUCUCCAACAAGACAUUCUACAAGGCUGAUCGCGUGCAAAUGUUCUGGAACGAUCUCGGUACCAGUUUGCUUGUGUUGACACAGACGGAUAUUGAUAAGACGGGCAAAUCAUACUAUGGUGAGACCAACCUUUACUAUCUUGCCGUUGCUGGUAACUUUGAUUGCCGUGUACCUUUGGAUAAGGAGGGUCCCGUGCACGAUGUGACCUGGGGUCCCGAUUCCAAGGAAUUCGUCGUGGUGUAUGGCUCCAUGCCUGCCAAGGCCACCUUGUUCGAUCAUCGUGCUAACCCGGUUCACAGCUUUGGUAUCAAUCCUCGCAAUUUUGUGCGCUACAAUCCUCAGGGCCGUACCAUUUGCAUUGCCGGUUUUGGUAACUUGAACGGUACCAUUGAUCUGUAUGAUCGCAAGACCUUGAACAAGGUCAACUCAUUCAGUGCCACCAAUGCGUCUCACUGUGAAUGGUCUCCCUGUGGUCGUUAUCUCAUGACCGCCACCUUGACUCCUCGUCUGCGUGUCGAUAACGGAUUCAAAAUGUGGCAUCAUACCGGUACGCUGAUCUACGAAGAAGCCGUCGAUGAACUUUUCCAGGUCGGCUGGCGUCCCGAGCCGGCGUCCAAAUAUCCCAUGCGUUCUGUUUCUCCUGCCCCGGCUCCUAUCAAGGUGCUGCCUGCCUCUGGUCCAGCAGCCAAACCCGUCGCCGCCCCCGCCGGUGCUUACCGUCCUCCUCAUCUCAGAGGUUCGGCCGCUCCCACCACUUUAUCCCAGAGAGAAGCCAUGUUGACCACUGGCCGUUCUCCCGCUGGAAGCAAUCGACGUAUUCCUGGUGCCAAGCCCGUAGCGAGUAAAAAUGGUGGUAAAUCGGCUGCGGCUCCUGCUCCCGCUCCCUCGGCUGCCAGUGCAAGUGCGAUCACUCCCGAGGAAAAGCAAAAGAAGAUUAGAAACUUGGAAAAGAAAUUGCGCCAAAUCAAGGAACUGAGAGAAAAACAAGCCCGAGGUGAAAAGUUGGAAGCUCCUCAGCUUCAAAAGCUUAGCUCUGAAGCUUCCGUGAUGAGAGAACUGGCUGCAUUGCACAACAACUAAGGUGGAAUGUAAAUUUUUUUGGACAACGAUAGAACUCACCCUUAUAAAUUUUGAGAAAAAAAAAUAACCAAACGUUUUGUGUCUUGACGUUGGACAUAAUGUAUUUCCAAAGAAGGGGUUAUAGGAUGAUUAUUUACAAAGAGGGCAUGGCCCUAGUUAAAAGUGG